AUGGAUAAGUUCGAAAAUACCAGCGGACUAUCAAACUUCUUAAUAGGGCAAGAAUUAAUAAUAGAUAAAUUAUUAUUUGAAAACAAAUACCUUAGCAAUAAAAGAAAGAACAAAGUAAAAGAUGUUAAUAAGUUGAACUAUUAUUUAAAUGAAAAAUUUGAAAUAUUUUUGGGGUAUCAUAAUUUUCUGAACAUUAUCUUUAAAAAGAAAAAGAUACUGAUUAGUAAGCAUGCAUUAGUGGGGAGGGGAAAAAAAGACAAAAGGGGUAGGCGUAGCGCUAGAAGUAGUGCAAUUAGCAGUGGUGGACGUAGUGGUAGAAGUAGCCGCAGCAAAAUACGCGAUUGUUAUUGGGACGGAAUGUAUAAUGUGUCAGCUCAAUGUAAAAGUGAAAACAUCCAUGAGAAUAAGAGUUUAGUAAAAGGAAAAACAGAAAGUGAAAGAAAUGAAAUAAAGAACAAUAAUAUUAGUGAUAAAGAUAAUCAAAUGAGGAGUGGAAAAACUAGGGAAGAGGAUAAUGACAGUUCAUUGAAUGAAAAAGAUAAAAAUAAAAAAAAAGGCAAUAAGGAUAAAGAAAAAAAUGGCGAAUGUAAAAUUAGUAUUGUUAAUCAUACAGAAGAUAAUAUAAUAAGGAAUGAGAUACAGAGUGAUUCAUUUUCCUAUAAUAAUGAAAGCGAAAGUUUGCAUAUUAAUGAGAAGGAGAAUGAAAAAUGCGAUUUAUUACAUGAUCGACGUAGCAGUAGUGUGAAGGAGGCAACGGAGGAUGUAUAUCAUGUUGAAUAUGGUAAUAUUUUAAAAAAAGAAGUGGAAGAAGUGGAAGAAGUGAAAGAAGUGAAAGAAGUGAAAGAAGUGGAACAAGUGGAACAAGUGAAAGAAGUGGAACAAGUGGAACAAGUGAAAGAAGUGGAAGAAGUGAAAGAAGUGGAAGAAGUGAAAGAAGUGGAAGAAGUGAAAGAAGUGGAAGAAGUGAAAGAAGUGGAACAAGUAGAAAAAGAAGGAGAAGAUGUGGACAAUUUCGUAAAUACGGCAAAUAGAAUAAGUAAUAGUAUCAAUAUUAAUGAUUAUUCUGACGAGUGUGAACACAAUGAAUCAUUCAGUUCACAUUCUAGUUACUCAGAUGCAAGCUAUGUAUCAAACUUAUCACCAGAUGUCUUAUGUUUUGAAAAGCAGUUUAAAUAUAUAUAUGACAUGUACAGACAGAACGACCAAAAUAUUUUCCUAUUUUAUAACCCACCUGUGUGUAAAUGCUCCAACAAACAUUUAAAAGAAAAUUUUUUUAGGUACCUAAACAGUAAAUACCCUUGCCUCUUUAACUGCACUUUUUCCGAUCAUAAUGGAAAAGAAAAAAACUCCAUCUUUGAUGAUAAGGAUGGCAGUGGUAUCGACAAAAACGUUAGCUAUGUGGAUAGAAACAGUGUUAGUGAUAUGAAUAGAUGCAGUAGUGGAGGUGAUGCCAGCUCGUACGGGAAGGUAGCAUCGGACGCUGCGGAGAUGAAACUGUAUGCAAAGGCAUUCUUCGAGUUAUUCUGUUUUGAAAAAUAUUAUUAUGACAAGAGAAGUUGUACUUCUAUUCCUUUAGAUGAUGUUGUACAAGGGAAGACUUGUAACAAAGGUACACUGAAAAAUCAUUUAAAGGUAGAUGGAAUAAAAGAGGAGAAGAAUUGUAUCCCCAAUACUAAUUCGAAAGAAGAGGAGAAUUUGUUAAAAUUAUUUUUUCAUAAAUGCUUGUACAGAAUUAUAAAAGAAAAAUGUAAGACUUGUGAUAACAGUGCUUGUUGUGGUUUAUUGUACAUACCAUACAGUUACAUUGUUGUAGUGUUAAAUAGAAAGGUGGAAAAUUUAACGUAUGUUUGUACUAAUAUAAAAUUACCAUCGAACACAGAUAUAUACUAUAACAAUAAGAAGAAUGUUAUAACUAUUUGUACAAAAAAUUCUGAACAUGAGUUUUUCUGUUAUUAUUGUUUAAAACAGAAUAAUUAUGUGAGAAACAUUCUAAUAUAUGAUGUAUACUUCGAUGGAUUCAUCCCUUUUUAUAAACCAUUACUUAAUUUAAAAACUAAGAAAAAUCAAGAAAAAGUUUAUAAUUAUAUAAAUUACAAUAAGGGAUUGAAUUUAUCAAUAGUGUUUUUCUUAACAGAGCCCGAGAUGAAAAACGAGAUUAUCAGCGGCUUGAAGGGGAAAAACAAAAAGGACAACAAAAGGAGCGUGAGUAGGGACGAACGUAGAAGUGGAAGUAGGGACGAACGUAGAAGCGGAAGUAGAAGCGAACGUAGCAGUGGAAGUAGAAGCGAACGUAGCAGUGGAAGUAGAAGCGCACAUAGCAAUGGAAGUAGAAGCAGGCGCAGUGAUAGGCGCGUGUCAAAGGAGGAUGAUAUGAGGGGCAUGAAGCUGCGCGUGUGCAGAAUUUUCAAUAUAAACCAUCGCAACGAAUUUAGGGGGAUUAAUAAUAAUAGUAAUAAUAGCGGCAUGAGUAGUAGUCAUAAGAAAUACAUACAUUCAAAUAAUGACAAAGAAGAAGGGAAUGUAGAGAACUAUUUCUACAAUAUCUGUAAUGGAAAUGAAGUUAUUAACAAUAUGAACAUAAAUAUGAUUGUUGAAAAAAUAAUAAAAAUUGUAAAUAAAAAAGACAGUGUGUGUAACGAAAAUUGUAUAUAUAACAAUUUUAACAAAAAUAAUAUGAGAAAUAAAAAUCUUCAAAUAUAUUUAUGUGAAUCGAUUAAUUCAUAUGGUUUUGAUCGUCGUCCUUUAUGCAUCAAAAAGAGGGAAGUCAUUUUGUCAACUUAUGUACAUUUUCAAAAGAUUAUGAACGUUUAUUUUUUACAUAAAAAGUCCAAAAAUUUGGGUACCAUCAUUAACGGUCAACUAGAUGAAGAUGUUUUUAAGAAAGGUAUGAGGAAAAAUGAAAUGUUAUCCGAACUAUAUCGUAAAGAUGAUAAUGAUGAUAAUACCCCAGAUCGGGUAGAGAUAGGGACAGGAACUACUCAAUGGGGAAAAAACCAAGAACAAAAUGUUUUUCCAAAUGAACAGAAUAAACAAGAGCGGAAGAUAGAACAGGAGCAUGGGAAGGAAGAAGGAACAAAGUGCUUAUCUGUAGACACGGAUGAAGAUAAAAAAAACAAAGGAAGACUUAUAGACCCCAUAUUUAGUGAAGCCUUUUUCAUCUUUAACGAUAAUUCAGAUUUAUAUACAUAUGAAGAGUGCAAAAAGAGUAGAGUAGAUAACAUAAACAAAGGAAAUGAUACUAGUAAGAAUAAGAUUAUACAGAAGACCACCCCAGCACUAUUACCCCCUUCCAUUGGUGCUACCAAAAUUUUGGAUAAAUUAUGCACCAAAUUUUUACAGAGCUUAUUUAAUAUUUAUGUUUGUUCCUAUUUAAUGAAACAAAAUAAUUAUAAUAUGUAUGUAAUUGAAAAAAGAAAAAGAAAAAAUUUUAAAAAAUUAUCAUAUGCUUACAGGGUAAGCAUAAUAAAAAGGUACUACUACUACUUGUUUGAUAUAUAUAAAAAGAAAUUUAACGUACACUUAAUGAAAGAGGAAGAGGAUGACAUACAUCGUAGCAACUGGAUGAAGGAGGAUGCAUACAUUUUGCGUAAUACUUCCAAGAAAAGGCAGAAACAAAAUGGGGUAGCCAAAGGAGGGGGUAAUCAGACGCGAGUUGCUAUGUAUGCUUGUUAA